CCAGCCUUUCAAGCGGCCAGGCCCGGGCAGAGCCGCGGGCUCGAGCGGCCCAGCCAGCUCUGCCAGUGGGGGCAGGGCGAUUGCGGCGGGGGUUCGGGGAAGCGAAGUGCGCGGGCCAAGCGCGACUGGGGGACCGACGCAAGGCUUAGGGGCCACUUGGAUGGAGUCUGCGGGCGACGCGGGCAGUUGGAGUGACCGGAUUUGAUGUGUAAUGCUGGCUGGAUUUGCAGAGGAAGGGCCACCAUGUUCAACCAGCAGCAGCAGCUCCAGCAGCUCCAGCAGCAGCAGCUCCAGCAGCAGCAGCUCCUGCAGCUGCUCCAGCAGUCCCCACCGCAAGCCCCACUGCCCCUGGCCGUUAGCCGGGGGCUUCCUCAGCAGCAGCCGCAGCAGCAGCUUCUGAAUCUCCAAGGUGCCAGCCCCGCCUCGCUGUUCAACGGCUCUGUGCUGCAGAGAGCUCUCCUUUUGCAGCAGCUGCAAGGACUGGACCAGUUUGCAAUGCCACCAGCCACGUAUGACAGUACCGGUCUCACCAUGCCCACAGCAGCACUGGGUAACCUCCGUGGCUACAACCUGGCAGCCCCGAACCUGACGGCCCCCAGCCUCACGCCCCCCCAGCUGGCCACCCCAAAUCUACAGCAGUUCUUCCCCCAGGCCACUCGGCAGUCCUUGCUGGGUCCCCCUCCUGUCGGGGUCCCCAUGAACCCCUCCCAGAUCAACCUUUCAGGGCGGACUCCCCAGAAACAGGCCCGCACCCCCUCCUCCACCACCCCCUAUCGCAAGGAUUCUUCUUCUCAGACGAUGCCCGUGGAAGACGAGUCAGACCCCCCAGAGGGGUCUGAGGAAGCUGUUGAGUCCCGAACAAACACGCCAGAAGUCGCUCAUCUGCCCUCCGUUCCAGACCAAGAUUCCCCACCCCGCUCAGAUGACGUCACUAAGGAGAAACGCACGCUAGCACCUACUCCCGAGUCCUGUGAGGCGCCUGAGCCACCAGCUAAGAGGUCAAAGAGCUCAGAGUCGCCCACAGACAAGGGGCUCCCCGGGCAGCUGCAGGCGAAGGUCCAGCCUCGGGCCCGCACCACGGCACCGAAGCAGACCCAGACACCCGAGCUGCUGCCUGAGCCGCCGGAAGCCCGAGUGCUGCCACGAUUCCAGCCACGGGUCCUGCAGAUCCAGGCCCAGGUGCAGCCGCAGACGCAGCCGCAGAUGCCCCCUGUGGACGCCCCACUGGCACGAAAACAGCAGAAGCAGGCUCAGACACAGACCUCUCCCGAACACGUGGGGCCACAGCAGGUGCAGAAGGAGGCGGAGCCCCAGAGACAGGUGCAGCUGCAGGCACGUUCCCAGCCGCAGGGGCAGGCGCAGCUGCAGAAGCAGGCGCAGACACAGACGUAUCCUCAGGUCCAGCCGCCGGAGCAGCCACCGAGGCAAGAUCCAGGGCCGUCGCCAGGGCAGCCGCCUGACCAGACUGAGGGACAGGCUCAGACCCUGGCACAGGUGUCAGUGCCAACAUCGGAGGCAGCCCCGGCUCCGAUUCGUUCUGCCGUGCUGGAGACGCCGCCAGAUAAGAGAGAUGCUGGAGCCGGCCUGGAGGAGGCCUCACCAGAGCCAGUGGGCACCCAGGUCGGCGUGGAGAGCCAGGAGUUGACCAGUGGCCUGGAUGUGGGAGAAUGUGAAAAAAGAGCAAGAGAGAUGCUGGGGGUGUGGGGUGCCGGGGGCUCCCUGAAGGUCACCAUCCUGCAGAGCAGCGACAGCCGGGCCUUCAGCACCGUCCCCAUCACCCCCGUGCCCCGUGCUGGCGACUCCGCGUCUGCCGCCCCUGCUGCCGCCGGCACACCCGCUAAGCAGGCCCUCCAGUUCUUCUGCUACCUCUGUAAGGCCAACUGCAGUAGCCAGCAGGAGUUCCAGGACCACAUGUCGGGGGCCCAGCACCAGCAGCGGCUUGGGGAGAUCCAGCACAUGAGCCAGGCCUGCCUCCUGUCCCUGCUGCCCGUGCCCCGGGAUGUCCUGGAGAGAGAGGACGAAGAGCCCCCGCCAAGGCGCUGGUGUCACACCUGUCAGCUCUACUACAUGGGGGACCUGAUCCAGCACCGCAGGACGCAGGACCACAAGAUCGCCAAGCAGUCCCUGCGACCUUUCUGCACUGCCUGCAACCGCUAUUUCAAGACCCCCCGCAAGUUUGUGGAGCACGUGAAGUCCCAGGGGCACAAGGACAAAGCCAAAGAGCUGAAGAUGCUUGAGAAGGAGAUAGCCGGUCAAGAUGAGGACCACUUCAUCACGGUGGACGCCGUGGGCUGCUUUGAGGGCGAUGAGGAGGAGGAGGAGGACGACGACGAUGAUGAAGAAGAGAUCGAGGUUGAAGAGGAAUUCUGCAAGCAGGUGAGGUCCAGAGAUAUAUCCAUAGAGGAGUGGAAAGGCUCAGAGACCUACAGCCCCAAUACCGCAUAUGGUGUGGACUUCCUGGUGCCCGUCAUGGGCUACAUUUGCCGCAUCUGCCACAAGUUCUACCACAGCAACUCAGGGGCACAGCUCUCCCACUGCAAGUCCUUGGCCCACUUCGAGAACCUGCAGAAAUACAAGAAGGCCAAGAACCCCAGCCCUACCAGCAGGCCCGUGAGCCGCCGGUGUGCGAUCAACGCCCGCAACGCCUUGACUGCGCUGUUCACUUCUGGUGGCCGCACACCCCCCCAGCCCAGCCCCCAGGACACAGCCAAAACCCCCAGCAAGGGUUAGGGUGGUCAGGGGGAGGUCGGCCAGUGUCCCGCCCAGGAAGUCCUGCCAGGUGCCAAGUCUCCUGUCUACUUCCUUCAUCAGCUGCCUGGAAGCCGGAGCCCACCUUCCUGAGUCAGGCAAUCAAGGCCUCUGUCCCUGGGGCAGGCCCUACUCUCCAGCCCUUCAGAGGCUCCCCCUGCCCUGAGGGAAAAGCACCGCCCAGGCUCCGAGGCCCCGCCUCCUCUCUAGCCCCGCCCCCCAAGCCCUUCCCUUUCCCUGGUCCCUACCCACCUCCAAGGCCCCUGAACAUGCUGUUGCCUCUGCCUGCAAUGCGUCCUCCUUCUAUCUUCCCUCCCCUCUCCUCCUGGAUGAGUCCCUCUCAUCCUUCAAGUCUCAGCAUGAAAGUUGCCACAGGGAGCUUUUCCAAUUCCCCGGUCGGGAUCGGGCCUCUAUUCCCCAUCCCCAUGCCCUCCACACACCUCUGCGGCCCUGGACUGCUGUGUGUGCUGCUGCGCCUCCCUCAACCAGACCAGAGACUAGAGAGACGGGGAAUGUUUUUGUGUUCACUGCUGUCUCCCUGGUGCCCUCGUUGUCACAGAGUAAGCACUAGUUGACUGAAUGGAUGAAUGAGUUAAUGAAGCCUCCGACUUUCUAGCCUUUCUGCCUUUGCUUACCUGUCUCUGCCACUCAGAAUGCCUCAACCACAACAGUUAUUCAAGGACCAGCUCAAAACCCCUCCUCUUCUAAGAAGCCUUCCCUGGUCUCUACCAGAAACCAUCACUCCCUCCUCCAUGGUCACGACUGACCUGCCUCUCAGCAGCACAGUGUCCCUUAGGAUCCAAGGUCUGGGCCUGUGCCCACUGCGGACCCAGUUCUGAGCCAGCCCAUGACUCAGAUACACUCAGCUGCCAGCCUGGGACAAAGGGGGAAUCGGCUGGCAGUGUUUGAAAAAGGCCAGGGCUGGACGAGUGCGUCUGGGAUAUGGGUGCAAGUGUGUCUGCGUUCUGGGGGAAAAGCACCAUCGCCCAGAGCUGGCACACCUCACAAGAGGCCAGAGUCCUGGAAAGUCCCUGCUGGAUCUUAGAGUCCAACCGCCUUGUGGUACCGAUGGGAAAACAGGCCCAAGAAGGAAGGGACCUGCCCAGGAUCCUCCCGCUGGUUGGCGGUACAGCCAAGAUUCAGAGGGAGCAGGGGCACUUGGGUUUCGGUCCCAGCUCUGCUCCAGCAAGUUACUGCGUCUUUUGGGAAGGGAAUAAGGACUGGAUUGUUGUGAUUCCAAUAUAUUAAGAACUCAGGCAGGGUCUGGCCACAGCAAGUACUUAGUAGAUGGUCAUUAUGAACACUGCACACACUGUCAUGAGACACAGGCCCGAAGCAGGAGGGGGGAGGCGGGUGGAGUCUCCACACCCCUGGAGCCAGGCUUUAUCUGUGUCAAGGGCACUUGCCAGUGCUAAGCCUUUGCCUUCUGCCCGGGACAGCCACCUCCCCACUGCACUAAGUCCUGUGAAUCUGCCAACAUCCACUCAGUGUGACACCUGAGCGGCUUUUCCUGAUUGCUCUCGCUGCCACUGCAGGCUUCCUUAUAUACACUCUGGCUGCUGUCCACCUGCAGUGCCCAGGGCAAACCGGCCAGCCCACCCCUUAGCACCCUGUGGGAGGGCCUCUACCUCUUUAUUAAAUGCAGGCCCCGGGUGAUCAAAGUGUUCUGAAACUACUGGGAUGGAUGCACAAUUCUGAAUAUCCUAAAAUCCACUGACGUGUACAAUUUAAAUGGAUACAUUGUAUAAUAUGUGAAUUCUAGAUCAA